AUGGCGGAAGACGAAAAUGUCCCCGUUGCCUCUGUUGAUGAUGAGCUUGCCGAACGUCUCGGUGUCCCCCUUCUGGAUUCCCAUGAAGCGGUCAACAACGAGAAAGGUGUGACUCGCGCUCGCCUUGGAAAGCGUUCCCAAUCGAGCUCCCCUACGACGAACUCCCGUUCCGCUACCUGUACUGUUACGGCCGCUUCCCCCUCUCCAUUCUUUAUGGGAAAUUCGCCAUGUGUCCCGAAAAGCAAGAGAGUGAAGGUAAAGGCCAACUACUCCCGCACCGCCGCUGCCAUGAACAGCGGUCGUGUGAUCCCGGAACUCUCGAGUUUCGUUCAUCUGCUCCCUGAUAUGACCCGUGUUGAUCCGAAAGGUCAAAUGGAACUCUACCAUAUCCUGUACGAGAAUAGUGUCAGGCUCUACACAUGCCUGCAAAACUAUCUCUCCCUCUGUGUUUUUGGCACACCACCGCCAAUCGAAUCGCUCACGCAGGCUGAAAUGGUUGGCCGCAUCUCGGCUACUGACGUUGAGAGACCAUUACAUAUCGAGAACUCCACCAUGCGAGACCGUAUGGAACAGGCGUUUGAGGCUUUAUGUGAUGAGAUGCAAGUGCCCGAAAUAUCCGUGCUCCCUGAAUUGGUAGGACGAUCGCCCGAAGCAAUUGACGAGUAUCUUCGUGAACAUGGUGGCCAAGUUUCCGUAGACAUGCUCGUCAAUGCACUGAACCUCUACGCGGCUGCAGGAUUACGGAAGCCACCUACCCGUGCAGUUGAAGGCCUGAUGGCUGCUGCGCAAGAUGGGCCUUCUCAGACCGAUAUAGAUCACCGUGGUGACUCUAUGGUUGACGAGGACGCUCGGAAUGGUGCAAAUCUGGAUGGUCUUAUACUCCUCGCAAGUGCUGCUGGAUUGGCCGAUUUACUGGCUAUGCUGGUGCGCAUCCGUGGUUCGACGAACUUCGCCACAGAACAGGACUGCACCCCCUUGAUGGAGGCAUGCGCGGCUGGCAAUGUGCGUAGUGUCAAAUGCCUUCUUGAUCUUGGCGCCGACAUGAAUGCAUAUUCCAUCACUCAGAACACCCCUUUAAUCUACGCUGCCGCGGCCGGACAGGAGAAGGUUGUACGCAUGCUAAUCGACAACAAGUGUAAUUUGGACCUACGCAAUGAGAAUGGACAUUGUGCACUGAUGGAAGCUGCAAGCGCAGGCCACCUAAACAUCGUGAAACUCCUCAUUCAAUCGGGAGCCAAAGCUGUGUUUGUGAAUAUGAACAGUGAAUUCAAGGAGUCUCCGCUCACGCUGGCUGCUUAUAAAGGCUAUACAGACGUUAUAGAAUACCUUCUGUCAUUGAAUGAUUACGACCGCUCUACGCGUGAUGAAGAACUCCAUACAGCUCUGAUGGAAGCAGCUAUGGAUGGACAUCUUGAGGUUGCACGUAUUCUGAUACAAGCUGGUGCUCCUGUAAACCUAACAAGCGAGUCUUAUGAAAGCCCUUUAACGUUGUCAUGUUGUGGAGGUCACGCUGAAUUGGCGAAGCUACUUAUCGAUGCCGGUGCGAAUAUCGAGGAAACCAAUGAUGAGAACUAUACACCGUUGAUGGAGGCAGCCAGGGAAGGGCACGUGCAUGUGGUGAAGAUACUGCUUGAAAACGGUGCACAGGUGAACGCAACUACUGAUGAAACAAUGGAAACGGCACUUACGGUUGCAGCUUGUGGUGUGUUGGACGUUUUGGUGAAGAACGGAGGUGAUUUGGGAUUAGGCACGAAUACUCCGCUAAUGGAAGCAGCUCAGGAGGGGCAUGCGUCUACUGUCAACUACAUCCUCGCCGCAGUGAAACCGGAAGACCGCUCUGUGAAGUUCCGUCAACAAAUGGACCAAGCAUUAUCAUUGGCAUCGGAGAAUGGCCAUUUCGAUGUUUUGCAAGUUCUCUACUCCAACGGUGCCGACUUGAAUUUCGACUACGAUGGGCGCACUGCUCUGAUGAAGGCUGCGAAGAACGGGUUCUUAGAAAUCGUUGAGUUUCUCGUGGCAAAAGGAGCAGAUGUCAACUAUAGAUCUUCUAAUGGAGACGCAACAGCGCUGUCUCUGGCGUGUUCUUCUGGACACAAAGAGAUUGUGAAGCUCCUCCUGAAAUGCGGUGCCGAUCCUAACAUCGAACUCAAGGAUGGUGUAACUUGUGUGAUGGAAGCAGCGAGGAACGGUUAUGUUAAUAUCGUGGAGAUGAUGCUCGAUCAUAGCGGAGUUUUUCCUCAACCUCCUCGAGUAUUGCCAAGCGGUACCGUCCCACAAACCGACAAAGGAAGUCCACCUGUUCCUCCUCCACCACCACCAACUCCCACCACAUCCGCGAAACUACAGCAGACGGUUACUGCAAUGCGUCGAGGGAAGAAAACAUCCUCCGGUGCGGCUACUGCUGCUGUUGCUUCUCCAGCGUUGAACCUUGCGUCUGCUACUAACGCUCCCUUACCAAAGACAAGCUGUAAUGUUCCUAAUCCUGAUCCUACGUAUGGGCUAUCAGGCUUUCCCGGUUCUCAGGCGUUUCCUAAUGCUUCUGGAGGCGGUUGUUCUAUGCAGAUGUCGUCUACGCCAACAUCGUCGAUGUCUGCGGCAGAAAUGAAAGCCCGAGUUGAGGCAUUUGAAAUGCUGACAAAAACAUCACCGUUUCUGAUGCAGUAUCCUCCAAAUAUGCCACUGGUGAAUCCUUUCGAUCCUCAAGCACCUUUACCUGGCACUCCGGCCAACCCAAAUCCGCUGACGCUUGCUGAUGUUUCGAUGCCGUCGUUUCAAGAAAUGCUCAAAGGUCCCGAAGCUAAGCAGAAUGCCCAGCAAUGGAGCGAGUACAUGCGUAAACGAUUUGCGGCUCAGAGUGGGAUGUGUGAAAAUCUCCAGCAACGUUUCGAUGCCAUAGCCAGUGGUGAAAACCUAUCCAUCCCUCGCGCUGCAAGUUUACCGGCUCAAUCCAUUUCUGCUCCCAGCACACCCGGAAUGACAGAAAAGUCCACGGUGCCUGUUGGCAGGACAGUGUCAAACCAGAUACUACGCCGUGCACUCCCCUCUGUCGCGCAGUCGGUAGGGUUGAAUGCGGUAGCUUCACAAGUGCCAAUUCCGCCUGCACACGCCGCUCCUGGAUUGGUUCCAACCCCUGAUGCUCCGCCAGCAACUCUUCCUACCGCAACGACACCUCCAACCCCUGGUUUCGCCAGUCUCCGGCGUGCUCAUAGCGAAGGAGAUGACUUAGACAUAACGAGAGCAACUGCUAGUCAGCGGGCUGCUUUCAACGUGGAUAAGGCAACGGAAUCAAAUAAUGAUACGCCGUUAACUUUGGCAUGUUCUAAUGGCCAUGCUCAGAUGGUAGAUGUUCUCGUUUGUCGAGGGGCUAACAUAGAGCACCGGGAUAAAAAGGGCUUUACUCCACUGAUAUUGGCUGCUACGGGUGGGCAUCGUGAUGUUGUGGAAUUGCUUCUCAACAACGGAGCUCAGAUUGAAGCACAGUCGGAACGUACCAAAGACACUGCAUUAUCACUUGCUUGUUCUGGUGGUCGCAAAGAUGUAGUAGAGCUCCUGCUCAGCAGAGGUGCUAAUAAGGAACAUCGAAAUGUAAGCGAUUACACGCCGCUGUCCUUAGCUGCUUCUGGAGGCUAUGUGGAAAUAGUUAAUAUGCUGCUGAAUGCUGGAGCAGAGAUCAAUUCAAGAACUGGAAGCAAACUCGGCAUAUCACCUUUGAUGCUGGCAGCAAUGAAUGGUCAUAAGGAGGCUACAAGGGUGCUUCUUGAACAGGGAUCCGACAUUAAUGCCCAAAUCGAAACAAAUCGGAACACUGCUUUGACUUUGGCAUGCUUCCAAGGGCGGACAGAAGUUGUAGGACUGCUGCUGCAAUACAAUGCAAAUGUUGAACAUAGGGCUAAGACGGGUCUGACUCCAUUGAUGGAGGCGGCGAAUGGCGGUUAUGUAGAAGUUGGCGAGUUAUUGCUUGACGCAUGUGCUGAUCCUAAUACUGCACCGGUACCAUCGAGUCGUGAUACUGCCCUCACUAUCGCCGCUGACAAAGGUCACGAGCGAUUCGUUGAUAUGUUGGUUCAUCGAGGAGCUCAUAUCGACGCUAGAAACAAAAAGGGUUGUACGGCUUUAUGGUUAGCAUGUCAUGGAGGACACCUUGAGACUGUGCAGACAUUGGUGAAACACGGUGCUGAUGUCGAUAUGCAGGACAAUCGAAAAAUGUCACCAUUGAUGGUGGCCUUUCGUAAAGGCCAUGUCAAGGUCGUUCAACACAUGGUGCAGCAUGUGCGACAAUUUCCUGGAGACCAAGAGUUGUUCCGCUAUCUCACGACGAUUGCCGAGCCUGAACUCCUUCGAAACUGCCAAGAAUGUAUGGAUAUCAUUGUGAAAGCAAAGAAUGCACAAGCUGAAGAGGCGAACCGGGCUGCGGAAAGCCUUCUGGCACUGUUGGCAGAAGAGGACUACUCAGACGACGAGUCGGAUUCCCUAGCCGUGAAGAAAGAAAGAACAUCUGUGCCGGUUGACCCAAUGGCCAACGAUCGCGUUCCUAAAAUGCGAACUGUAGAAGAGCCAUUGGUUGUCGCGGCUACUCCUGAACGGCCAACUCCUCCAAUAAAUCGGCAACAGAAACGUUCAGCGAAUCGUCGCAGCCGCAACGAAAGCGGUAAAAGCUCAAACGGCCAGUUGGCCAAUCAGUCAAACAAUGGUGUUGCGUCCAAGAUCAAUCCGUCUCCAGUUUUCAUUUCGAAGCCGGCUCCACCCACAGACGAAUGGGUAAAGGCGAGCAAGAAGACAAAGCCUUCGAAUAAGCCAAAAAGUGCUAGCAGUAACGUGGCCUGUUCUGUAGGGAAAGAUUUUUACAUGGACGACAGCUAUAGUGGUUGGAAGGACGUGGAACUGUCACGACGACGAUCCACAACUCUGAGUGUGUGCAGUACCGUUAUUGCAAGGGUGAUAGGUCGUGGUGGUGCAAAUAUAAAUGCCAUCCGUGAAGCAACUGGUGCAUCUAUCGAAGUGGAGAAACAGUCAGCUGUUCGGCGUGAUCAGCAUGAUCGCCAGAUCUGUAUUCGUGGAACACAGGAGACUGUUCGAAAUGCAACUUUGAUGAUCAAUGGUCUUAUAACGGACAAUGAGAUUUCAGUAAACGACGUCAUAAGACAGGUGCUUCGUGGAAACGCUUCUUCAACGACGUCAUCAGACGGUUCACGGCUGAGCAAUCCGCACGAGAAUAAAAUGACAGCAAUGGCGACCACAACGGUGUCCUCGGCAAGUUCGUCUACCUCAAAACCGACCACAAUGCCGCCAGUGACGACUAAUGUCUGGCAACAAAGAAUGGCUGCACGUCAACGCGAACAACAACAGCAACUAGCGAUGAGCUCUAGCAAUAACAACUCGACGAAAGAGAAUUCGGUACCGCACAGUUCGGUUGACAGUUACUCUACAUCGUCACCUGCAGUCACAUCAACGCCCUCGCUUCUGAGAAGUUCGUCACUCUACUGCACCGUACCCGCAUCUGUGAAGACCUCUUCUACGUUUUCUGCAGGGUCCGCUGCUCCAUUCACCACGAAGUCGGACAGCCAAUCAACUAACGCAGCCGUUCCGGCUCCGAUCGGCCCUCCAAGCUCAUCCAUCUCCCUCGAUAGAGAGCUGCCAAGAAAAGCGCCCGGAUACAGAUCGCCCGUUACUCAUACUUCCUCCAGCUCGUCUGUGCCGACCGAACAGAUCAUCAUCUCGUCGGUUGCAUCGUCAUUGUCAUCCACGCCUCCGCCUGCAGCACUGGUGUCGGACUCAUCGGCUCGUUUGGUGAACUCACCUCCAGUUCCUAUUGCUCCUCCACCAGGAUUUUCUUCACUUGUUUCCGAAGUUUCGAAAUCCACAUCUGUCAAAGCAACCGUAAGCCCAAUGUCGACACCGUCCGUGGAACCGCCUGCAGUUGACGUCGUUAUAUCACCAUUGAAUGACAUUGCCACAUCAACCGUCGCUGCCGUAGGGAAACUGUCGAAUGCGGAAGCUCUCACAACCCCCACAGGAACUGGAAAUGACCUCUCAUCCAUGCAGUUUCUGGACGAAACCACUCGCGCUAAACUGGCUGAGAUAUGGGGAACAGGAAAGCAGGACCAGUCAUCCCAAGAACAAGCAUGGGGUAAUCAAGUGCUACUGAACAACUUUGCUAAUCUCAACAUCCGUAGCUCGUCAACUGAUUGGGCUAGUGCGCCUCAUGACAGCUUGUUCAUGAGUUCAACUCCGUCCAAGGUGACUAGUGUCUCAUCUAACCACCAGAACACCUCAACGCAUCAGUCUGGGGCAACAUUUGCCACAAGCACUUCAGGCAGUGACUGGCCUGUUUCUUCUACAAAAUCAAUGCCGUUAUAUGCUAGACCACAGGUAAAUUGCUGUCUUAAGCUGCGGUCAUUUGAAUGUUUCGUUUUUUUUGAGUCGGGAGUGAUGUUUAUAAUAAGUUUAACUGUAGAAGGGAGAGAGUCUAUCAGGAAUUAUGAAACGAAGUCACUGCUUCAGGCUCGUGUUCCCACCAUUCCUUCGCACCCAAUUGGCAAUUCUUCGUCAACCGCCUCUACGGGGCCCCGUCAAUAUAACUCCACCUCCAGUCAACCGGAAAAUAACAUGCUUUUCAAUCAGCUGGCUGCACAACUACUCAUUCAACAGCAAGGGGUUGCGUCAGCACCAGUGGCUCCAGCUCAGUCAUACUACCCUUCUCCUUCGUAUACGGAUCCUGCCAUCAUUGGAAUGGGUCAUUUGUCUACACCAACUACCGGUAGCGGUGGAGGUGGUACUUCAUCCGUUCCACAGAAAUCAGCCUACAGUAACCCUUAUCAGGCUGCUAGUAAUGAAUAUGAAUCAUUGAAUUCGCUACUGAGCAGUUCUUUUGCCCACCAUCAGAAUGGCGACUUCAAUAUGUCGCAUGCGUCGUCCACAUACCCAUCGUCUCCUUCUGCUGUGCGUUCAAUGAAUGCGUCUCGUAUCCAAUCCGGUGCUGGAGCCUUUGCUCCACCACCAGGUUUUGGUUCUGUCGUCUCUUCACAAAGUACAGGAAUAGGCGGAGCGAAUCCGACGGUACCACCACCGUCACUUAGACCUUAUUACAACGCCCAAAUGCCGCCACCUGCAGGCCUGCCACUUCAGCCAUCUCAACAUGCCUCGUUCGCAACAUUUAAUAAUCAACACAAUAAUUGGAUGUCAUCCGGUCACGGGAAACAAACAGGCGGUUUGCAGCAGCAAAUGCCUUGGUGGAAUUAG